GUUAAUCAUCGUCAUGAAGAGAAGACGACUUUGCUUGUAGAAUUCAUCAAAUACCCAACUUUUAAUGUGAAUUGGCAAUUCAACAAAAUGGAUGAUAUUCAAGAGUGUGUUAUCAGUGAACCUCAAGUUGACCUGUCAAGUGAAGGGAUGAAGGGAACCAAGCCUAAAAGGGGACGUGGAAGGCCAAAAAAUUCAAAGAACAAACCCCAACCCAAUUAUGAUCCUCAAAACUCAUCUCGUAAUCAGUUCCCAAGAUCUUGCAGAGCAAGACAGCCAAAAGCAAAGGAAGCAUUUCAACCACUCAACCUGACUUGGAAAGUAAAGGAAAAAAGGCUGCUGCUAAGAGCUCUAAAAAGUCACUCCCCAUCAGACAUGGAAGCUUUACACCAUGUUGUGAAAACCAAAACCAAAGAAGAGAUAGAAAUUUUCAUAAAUAAGAUGAAAAAAGGUGCAAUCAGGAAAAUAAAAGCCAGCAGAGGUCCAAAGGCUCCUAUAGAGCACUGGCUCACUUUACUAAGUGAUUUGACAAGUCAGGAGAAGAAAGACUACACAGUGAACUUGGGCAAGGUGGUGUCCAUCAUAGCAAACCUAGAAGAAUUUCCACAGCCUGGACCCAGUACACCAGACUAUAAAGCCAUCUACAAGUAUAUUUCCAGCAUGUUGUCAGAGAGUGAACUCCCUGAAUUAGGAAAGCUAGAGGCAGCAGUAAUUCUGGAUCUUCUGCAUGGUCUGGUAGAUUUUUUAAGAUCACACAAUACAACCAAACAGAGAGAGAUUAUGCAGUGGAAGUAUGGGCUACUAGCAGGAAAAGUAAACAUGAAUGAUCCCCUCUCAGCACUCAUUAAAGCCAGGAAAGCCAUUGAGAAUGAUUUUUCUGAUUUCACAUCUGGGAAUGCAGGAAGUAAUUCCCAGUCCUCUCAGGCUCAAUCAUCAGUUGACCAAACAAAUGUAUCUGUCAACCAACCAGGAUCUUCAAGACAUUCUUCACAUCAGUCAUCUAGUCAGAACAAUUCUGGUAGUGGUCAGUCAAAGUCCACAACAAAUUCAAUGUCAAGUGCAGCUGGAAGCAGAACUAACAAAUCAGAAAAUCCAAAAAGAGGCAGAAAGCCAGAAAGAAAGAGAACAGCAGCAUCUGAGAGUACCUGUCCCAAAAAACCCACACUAUUCACAAUGAAUCCAUUGUGUAUCCCUGUCAAUGUCAUCAAGAUGACACCAAUUAUCAAUGUGACAAAUAAACAACUAAACAAUGUAGACAAUCGCAAGCUACCCAACACACAAAGGCUGGUGGCACAGCAGAACUCAGUAGUGAUGUAUCACAUACAGAAGAAAAAUAUUAGUCCCCAUCCCACCCACCCAAUUCACCAGCAACAGCUACUCCCUGUUCAGUCAGGGCAGGGCCAGCAAAUUGUUCAGAAAAAUGUAGUGUAUGUGUGUGAACCACAUCCGAAUACUGUGAUUGUAAACCGAGAGGCCCCUGUAAGAAGGGGAGGAACUCCAAAAUCAAUAGUGGAAAAGGGAAUAAAGACAAAGAAGAAGUGAACUAACCCAGAAACAAAAUUCGAAAGAAAACAUGGCAUUUACUUUACCCCUGUUAGUGAAAAGUUGUGAUAAUUGUCUUCUCAGAGUUACCAAAAUGUUUGUUUGUGAAACUACAUGUAGAAACUUUCUAACAUAGUAAAGAUUCAAGUUAGUUCAAAUCAUGCCCCCUUGGGGUAGUGUGGGACCACAAAUAAAGGGUAAAAUUUGAAAUGGGAAAUAAAGAAAAAAAUAAAAGUAUCUUUUUUCAAGAACAGCUAGGCCCUGAUUUGUUGUAUUGAUAAGGAAGCAUCAUCAGCUAGUGCAGAUUUAAAUUUCUUCAAGUUAUGGCUGCCAUGUUAGUCACAUACACAUACAUAUUCAGAAGUCCCAUGUACUGUUAAUUUGAUGUAAGCAAAUUAAGGGAUGUGUAUUAGAUGUAAACAUGGCAAAAAAAUUAUUAUCAUCUUAACAAAAAGUGAGAUUUAAGGCAUGCGUAAAUUUUCCUUAAAAUCAAAGUAAAAGAAGCUUUACCAGAAGAUUUUUUUUCAGAAUUUUCUCAAAAUAGAAAGAAUUGACCAAAUUGAUUUGAUUUGAUUUAACAAAGAACCCUAUAAGCAAAACAUCAUUUUCAUUAAGAAAUUUUUAAAAAGAUUAUUUUGGAAAAAGUAUUUGGUAAAGAGAUCUAUGAAAAUAUUCUUUAAGUUUAUAAUUUAAUGUUUAGGUCACCAUGGAAAUUUUAGAGAAUUUGUUUUACAGGCUUUUUCAAGGGAGAUAACUUAUAAUUAACACUGAAUGUUGAUUAAAGGGUUUUGUCCAUAUAUUUUAUUUAGUUCAGGGUGUUUGAGAUAACCUGAGUCACUCAGGUGUCAUAUUGCUAUUUUUUUUUGUCUGUCAUUGAUAUUUAUCCAUUAACAUCUGAAAUGUGUUAGCUGGUCAGGAACCACUGAACCAAAUUAAACAAAUUUGGCAUAUUGAUCAUUUAAUGAAAAUGCAUUAAUUCUUUGAAAAUCCUCUUCUCUGCUCUUGAGCAUUUAGCAGAGAAACUAUGUGCAUGGUUUUGAUGAAAAAGUGUGCUUCUUUUGAAAUUGUGAAAUCCAUGUCCCCUUAGACAGGGGUUCUGGAGUUAGAGUGGGGCUCAAUUUUAGAGAAGUUAUUCCCUUUUGUUAUUCACUUAUAUUGGAUCAAUUAAAUUAUAAUUCUUU